CCUCAGAGCUCGGUCCAACAUGGCGUCGGGAGCAGGACAGUCAUCCUCCGGACACGAUGCUGAACUGGACGAACUGUUGGACAGUGCGUUGGAUGACUUUGACAAAGCGGCUGCUCCUCCCCCGGCGGCGGCCGCCUCUGCUUCAGCCAUGAGUGGAGCUGAAAAGCCUCCGCUUCUUGAGGACUGUGCGUUGUUUGAGACUCUUUUUGAGGGGGAGAUGGGGAACCAGGCGCGAGAGGAGUGGGAGAGGGCCAUGACCGAACUGGCCCAACAGGAGCCGGAGCUGCUGGAGCAUUUCCAAAAACUGUCAGAGGCUGCGGGCAAAGUCGGCACAGACACGGCGUCACAGCAAGAGUUCACCUCCUGCCUCAAAGAUACGCUCAAGGGACUGGCCAAAAACGCAGAUAACCUCCAGACGUCGGGUUUGGCUGGAGAGGACCUGGUUAAAGCUCUGGAGGGACUGACCUUAGAAGGAGGAAGUGAAGGAGGAGAAGAUGCAAAUAUUCUUCCCAUAAUGCAAUCCUUCAUGCAGAACCUGCUGUCCAAAGAGGUGCUCUACCCGUCACUCAAAGAGAUCACCACCAAGUAUCCUGAAUGGUUGGACGCAAAUAAACCGACGCUGAGUUCAGACGAUUUCCAGCGGUACGAGCAGCAAGCCAAAAUCAUGGCCGACAUUUGUAAACUGUUUGAGAAGGAGGAAGAGGAGGGAGCGGAGGACAAAGAGCGGACCUUUGAGACCAUCAUGGACCUAAUGCAGAAGCUUCAGGAGCUGGGUCAGCCUCCCAAAGAGCUCGCAGGAGACGCGCCUCCGGGUCUAAACUUCGACAUGGACUCGCUGAACCUCCCUGGAGGGCCAGCAGGGGGCCCCGAUCAGUGCUCCGUCAUGUGACGUGGUUUUAGCUGGGACCAAAAUCACUGAAGUAAAAGUCCCUCACUGAGAAAGUGCAGAAGAAGAGGAGACCGGCGGCGCUUUCUGAGACUGGAGCCGUUUAGAAGCCAAAAGAGGAGGAGUAACAGGAGCAAACACCAACACUACACCAACGCUCUGUCCACACGUUUCAAGGCAUUUUAGAGUCUGAUUUUACAUGCACACGUCAGCAGAAGGCGCAAAGACUCCAACAACUUCUGCUGCUAACAAUGAGGCUAAAUAUACCCACAAAUCUACUAAAAUCAUACUAACAUGUCCUGUACUCUUACCCGUUCAAAACGUUAAAGAGCUGCUGCUUGACUCCAUGGAAAUAAAACGUUCAAACCAUAAUUUCCUUGGUGCCAAGCAAGCUAAGUACAAGUCCGUUUUGUAGAGAUGCAAGCAGUAUGGAUACAUGUUUGACUUUUAAAAAUUACACAGCGGGGCUUUAAAUAAUAUAAAUUCCUCUGCAAAAAAUAAAAUCUCCACAGAGCCGUGUCGUUUAGACCUCUACAAACUGAAACACACGGGGUUCUUCUGUUAAUUUAGACACACAGUUUCAGUUUUUGUCUAAAUUUGCACAUAAUCUGUUCAACUCUAUUCUCGAAAAUGCCUGCCCCGUGUGGACAGAGUGUGUAACUGCACUUACUGUGAACAUGACACCAGUGUGUUAUUGAACUGUGGAGGUUUGCUUGGUUUUAACUGGACUUUUCCACAAACGCUUGCUUAGCACUGCCCUGUUUCUGUUUUUCUCAAUACAGUUCAGCCUAUUUGAAUACAGUACUAUACCAGUUAACGGGUAACAACCGUGCCUUUCAAAAUAAAACGACCUCAGAUACACUUUGGGUUGGAGUGAGCCCUGGAGUGAGCAGUUUGGGUUUUAACGUGUGGGCUGCACAGUGUUAUAGAUGCAUGUCAUAUGGGACACAGAGAUCAUUCCCUUUUCUGUAUUUGGACGACUCUAAAGCAGCGUUUGGACUCUAAACCAACGGUUGAAUAGAACAGCUGUGAGGAUGGUACUUCUGUGAGCGGUGAACAGUGGCAUUUUCAUUCUCCCAAUUUGUGCAAUGAAAUUUAAUACAAAAGGUUAAGCUAAUAUAAGUAUUUAUUUGUUCAAACGCAAACAUUUGAGUCAUUUCUUUAAACUAUUGAUACUUUGCAGUGAUGUCACACUGGGGGAUGUAGCGGUUACCAUGGUGACACAUUAAUAAAUACUGACAUAAAUGUUUUUAAAUAGUCUGAAAACUAAAGAAAAAAAUAGAAAAUACAUUUAAAGACACAAGUUCAGGAGCCUGGGGUCAGUCUGAGCUCAUGGUCCUGUUUAAGAGUUUGAUUUUACACAAAAAGGUGAAAGUGACUCACUGAAAAACUGUUGGCUAAUGCUAAUGCUAAUGCUAGCUUCUGACUGUAAUGUUAUUUGAGAAGGACUUGUUUAACAGCACAAAUUAGCUCAUCUGUUGUAGUUCAGGUAAGUCUGUUCUUUCUCAUCAGAUUGUCUUAAAAUAAAGAUCAGAUUAAAGUUUAACAGAGCUUCAGACAGAGCAGUGCCUCCAGUUAGCACCACACCCAGAGAAUGCUCAUGACAUCAUCUGUAAAGUAUCAGUAGAUGUUCUGACUCAGAUCACUGAGACACAGAUUCUGGUUUUCUCCAGUCUGUCAAAUGCAGACGACAGAUUUUCCAAUGCGGUUUAUGGGUUUAAAGAAAUGCAAUGUUUUUUAAUGAUUUUUGUUUUAAUUUUUCCAGAUAAAAUGAGUAAUAAUGAUCAUCUGAAAUGUGUGGAUUUGUUUCUUGUCACUAUAUACUGUGCUGCUGUGUGGUUUGACUUUGCAGUUCCGUAGCACCUCUGUGUUUACAUUGUCUCUGAUCUGAGUGUGACUCUGCCCCACUUUAUAAUUUGUACAUAAUGUCGUAGUUAUAGCCAAUUAACUUGUAAAUAGACAUAUAAGAGAGUGUACAUUUGUUGAAUAAUUCCAUAAAUGUCCAAAGUGAAUGUGAUUCACGCUUCAUUAAUGUUGCAGCAACAAUAAAAAACAUGUUUCUGCC